CGCGACGCCGCCCCCUUUAGGUCCCCUUGCAAUCGCCCUAUCUUUUCAGUAGGACCGAGCUUAGGUGACCGGCUGACUGCCUGGCAAAGAGGUAACCAGUUGGGACUGGGAAAUAUCCAUUACCGACCCCGGGGAAGAGGGAGAAGGGAAAUAAAUCAAGCAAGAGAAAUAUCUCGCGUGUAGCAUGUCUGAAAGCGGUCGAGGUAAUGUGUUCGAGCGGGGCAGGCAGCCGGAUAGACACCUGGAAGGGGCCUUUAUCCCCAGGCGCCUAGAGCGUGGAAAAAGUCCUGGAUCAGGAGGAAGGCAGCAGCCGGGUGGCUUGUCUUGUUUCAUUAAAGAAGCAUUUUUAAAGCCAAAUUAAAAAAAAAAAAGACAUUUUUAGAGGCGAGCAAUUGUUCUGCUUUGCAAAAAAAAUUAUUUUGCUUGAGAGAGUCACUUCUGCCACCAUUGGGCACGCGUUUUUUUUCCAGGCGCGCCUGUUCUGGUCGAAAUUGCAACUUUAUUUUUUUUUGGGGGGGGGGGGCAAGCCGAAAUGAACUCUACCAAAACUCGCUACUUAAUCUUCUUUCAAUACUUCGGGGCCAAAUAUAGCGGUGUGAAGGCUCUGCCCUCCGGCAUGUCGGCUGUUGGUGUGGAAAAUCACCUGGAGAAGGCUGCAGAAAAUCUCAGAGCAUCCGAGCCCAUCAAAUUUGCCAUCUCCAGCCGCACAGACGCUGGGGUGCAUGCCCUCUGCAACACUGCCCACCUGGAUGUCCAGAGGAAGGAGGGGCAGCCCCCCUUCUCCGAAGACGUCCUCGUCCAGGUGCUCAACAAGCAUCUCCUUUCAGAGCCCAUCCGCGUUCUGAGCGCUUGCAGGGUUUCCAGCAACUUCCACGCCCGCUUCUCGGCCCGAGCCAGGACCUACGUGUAUCGGGUGGCCACAGGCUGCACAGCCUAUUCUGACCUGCCGGUCUUUGAACGGGAUCUCUGCUGGGCAAACUGGCGUGGCCACCUGAACCUGGCCGCCAUGCAGGAAGCAGCCACGUUUCUGAUGGGCACCCACGACUUCUCCACCUUCUGCUCGGCCAGCUCAGAGAUGCCGGUGAGAAGCCCCAUCAAGAGCCUGAACUGGGUGGAGGUGAGGCCUGCCCGGGGCUUCCUUUCCGAGCACAGCCAGGACAGGCUGACAAUUGAUCCGCUGAGGCAUCCCCACCCACGGACGCUGGCCCGGCCUUUGCUCAGAAAGCAACCUGAAGUUUUGGGAACUGGAAUUUGUAAGCCGAUCUUUCCUGUACAAACAGGUGCGGCGAAUGGUGGGGGCGUUGGUAGCCGUGGGUCAGAACCGGUUACAACCGCAUCACAUCAAGGAACUCCUAGCAGCCCGAGACUUGAUGGCUUAUCCCCACAACACCAUGGCGCCCCCAGACGGACUCUUCCUCAAGCAUGUCGAGUACUACAAAAGUGGUGAGCAAACAGAGGCAUCGGGUUGAAUUUGGGGGUCUCCCUCCAGUUCCAAGGCUAUGGAAGCAGAGCACAGGUCAUCCAGGAUGUCUUUUGGUGUCUGGUUUCUAGUCCUCAUGAAUACAAGAACCAGCUCAAACAGCUGGACUGACAGUUAACAGUUGAUAUUUUUCUGUUCUCAAGUUUAUUGCACUGCAGUCCUCCCAAGAACAACUCUUUCUAUCAGGGAGACCCUCCUGGUUUAUCUCCUCCGUUUUGCAAUUGGGGAGCGGGAGGCAGAAUUGAGGCUGACAUCCACGAUUUAUCUCAAGUUGUCUCAGAGAUGAGGUUGAAACCAAUUCACUGCUCAGUCUUACAGCUGUUGUAUAUUCUGUAAUUCUCAGUUUGUUUUCUUUCCCCUUUCAUUAUCUUGCAGAUUUGGAGACAGAAGAUUGAAAUGGACUAUAAUUUCUGCCUAGGGUUUAUAUACAUUGCUGGAGGGAGAAAAAUUCUCAUUUUCUCAUGCUCUGCAGGCAUUUUGUUAAUAAACUUGCUUAAUCUGAA